CAUCUGAUUUCGCUUCCGUGCCCGCCGGAUACGAAUGAAGGGGGAUUCUGUGCGGCAGUCCACGCCAUAUCUCCGGGGAAUGCUUCAGUGGGGCAAAUCUCCACAUCCCAAGUCUCGUUGUUCUGCCCCUCCUCCCCUCCUUUUGCUGAUGAUUCCUGUCUGUCUGGAUUCUGCAAUGUUGCCUUAUCCUUGCCACAGAAUACCAAGGCGAGUCGCAGGUGGGCAGUUCAGUUCACCGCUUCUAGAGCAUAUUAUGCCUUAACUGAAGAGGAGGAUGGAUACUUAUAAUGGCGUGCAUGCAUCCCGUCUGAUAAACCUCAUUCUAGACUCGUAUUUGGUCUAUUUUGACUUCCACAUACAGGGCUCUAGACAACCAGAAUGACAGUGUCGUCGACCGCCGCCCGCCCAGGCACCUGCGCCCUGUGCUGAAGUGGGACCCGACCUGCCAUAUCGCACUCUCAGCAGAUCAAUGAUAUUCGCCAACCUGGAUCAGCAUCAAUACUGGCAUCAGGUUGGGCCAAUGCUUGGCAAGAUGCUCGUGGAUGGGAAAUACAGCAUCCACCACCAACACGAGUACCUGUCGCUCUUUGCCCACCUGAUCAUCCCCAGGCUGGGGCCCUUCCCCAGCCCUGGGAGAGACAUCUACAUGUGUCUCCUUGGCGGUAUCGGAUCCAUCGAGCUCAGCCGGAAUUUCCAGAGACUCGGCUCAACGGCUCGGCUCGCCUUCGAGCCCACGAGUUAUCUCGCCAGCACGGAUGCCGACCCAUUCAACCGCCACGCCGUCCACGCCACCCUGGCCGAGCUGCGAAUGACCGGCUCGGCCACCGUCGACCUGGAGCUGCAUCACACGCUCGCCGCCGACCUGACGCUGACGGACCGCGAUGAGCAGCUCCUGACCGCGGAGCUUGCCAAGACGAACUGGAAGACCCAAAUUCUGCUCGCCCUGGACCUGACCAAGACGGGCAUCACCGUGAAGGAGUACUUCUACCCGGUGAUCAAGGCCGCUGCGACGGGCCGCUCCGUCGCCGAGCUAUGCUUUUCCGCCAUCCGCAAGGUAGACGUGCAGGGCCGGCUCGCGGCGCCCUGUAAAGCGAUCGAAGCCCACAUGCAGCGGCAGACCCAGACAGACCUCCACUUCCUAUCUGUUGAUCUGGUCGACCCCGGCACGACGCGCUUCAAACUGUACCUGAUGGAACUAGAGGUGACGCUCGCCAAGGUCGAGGAGCACUGGACGCUUGGGGGCACGCUCACGGACGAGGAGACGAUGCGUGGUCUGCAGAUGAUCCGCGAGCUAUGGGUCGAUCUUGGAAUCGUCGACGGCAAGCGAGCUGAACCCCAGCGGCCAUCGCUCCCCGGUGACCCUCUGAGCAUUGUGCCGUUCUUUAUGAACUACGAGAUGACCCCGGGGCAGCCUCUGCCCAAGCCUAAAUUCUACUUCCCCCUCAUCGGCAUCCCCGAGCUCAAGAUCGCGAAUGUGCUGGCAGCCUUCUUUGAGCGUCAUGGCAUGCAUGACCUGGCUACCGCCUACUCGGAGACUCUGCAAUCAUACUACCCUGGAGAGGACUUGGCUAUUGCAACAGACCGCCAGGCAUGGUUGUCUGUCUCGUACACCGAGGAGAAAGGGCCGUACCUGACCAUUGGAUUUCUCAGGUACCUCCACAAAGAGGAAAGUAUUCGCGCUCUCUUUGCCGAGGUGUUGGCGCGUCCCGAAAAAGAUGUUAGCGCUCACGAUGGCUUCUACGAUCUGGGAGGAAAUUCCUUGGCCGCCAUCGAGCUGGUGGCGCGAGCCCGGGACAGAGGUCUGGAGAUCACGGUGGCCGAUGUGAUCCGUCUUCAGACAGUUCAACAGAUCGCCGGAUGUGCCGUAGCGAAUAGGGACGUGCACACGAUUGCGGCAUUCGCCCUCCUCGAGGAUGUGGAACAGAGCCUAUCCACUGCAGCGGCCCAGUGCCGCGUCAGAAGAGACAUGAUUGAGGAUAUGUAUGCCUGCACACCGUUGCAAGCAGGCCUCGUGUAUCUGUCCAUCAAAAACCCCGGAUCGUUUGUGAGCACCUACCGAUUUUCCUUCACACCUUCAGUGGACUUGGAUCGCUUCCAGGGGGCAUGGAAGCGGACUUAUCUCGCACAUCCCAUGCUACGAACGUGCGUUGUGCAGCUCCAGGACGGUCAACUGCUUCAAGUAGUCAUCAAAGCCAAAGCCUUGAGCACCAGCUCCUACGCCACGGAUAAUGCUGAGACCAUGGCAUUGGGGCGCCCUCUCACCCGCUGGGAAGUGCGUCAUGCGCGAGGCAGUAAGCCGGCCGUCUUCACGCUGACAAUGCAUCAUGCCGUUUUCGACGGGUGGUCCUUCAUACAGGUGCUCGACGAUUUGCAGAACGUUUAUGAUGGCCACGCGCUCCCGUCACGGCCAUCAUUCAACCGAGUGAUCGACUAUAUCUCAAGGCUGGACAUGUCUGCAGCCUAUCGGUUCUGGUCACAGGAAUUCACCGGCCUGCGAGCCACGGUCUUCCCGGACUCUUGCAAUCGAUCAUCGGUGGUCUCACCGCGGCCAUCGUCAAGGAGCCAUCGGAUUCCCCUUGCCACUGCAGAUAAAGACUGGACACUCGCCAAUAAGAUCAAACUAGCAUGGGCCCUGGUCGUCUCCGCCCAAACCUGUUCGAACGAUGUCGUCUAUGGAUUGACGGUAUCAGGCCGGAAUGCUCCAGUUCCAGGCAUUGACUGUAUUGCUGGGCCGACGAUUGCCACGUUCCCCUUCCGCACGCAGCUUGAUCCACAUUCAUCCGUUGAAGAUAUGUUGUUAAGGCUACGCGAGCACGACGUCGCCAUCAUACCGUUCGAACAUACUGGUCUCGCUCGCAUCAGCGAAGCUAGCCCGGAGGCCGCCUUGGCCUGCCGCUUCCAGAAUCUCCUCACAAUCCGACUAAGUUCGGUGCAGAGCCCUUCUGCCAUACUAACCAAUCUCCCAGAGAAUGAGCACCAGGAACUGCUGUUUGCCUCGUAUCCUUUGUCCCUCGUGGCCCAACAGCGAGCCGAAUCGCUUGAGAUCAAGGCUUUCUUUGAUAGCACCGUCCUGGAUACGAAUCGGGUGCAAAUGCUAUUGGACGAAUUCGCAACAGCUCUGCAACGCAUUCUUCGCGAUCCCGGGACACAGAUGGGGCAACUGAUGACCCAGAAUCCUCCAGAUUGGCACCAGUUGGCGGUAUGGAAUCGGAAGGACAACCCAGAACGUCUAAGGUGCAUGCAUGAGGUAAUUAUGGACUUCUGCCUUACACAGCCCGAUGCAGAAGCUGUGAGCGCAUGGGAUGGCUCGCUCAAGUAUCUUGAACUCCUCUCGUUGUCGCGUGGGGUUGCGGGCCAUCUUCAGUCUCGCGGGUGUUGUCGAGGGACGGUCAUUGGGAUCUGCAUGGAGCGGUCCAAGUGGUUCCCUGUCGCGAUAUUGGGCGUGCUCAUGUCUGGCGCAGCUAUGGUCUUGUUGGAGCCCAAUUUUCCUAUCCCCCGAUUGCAGCAAAUCGUUCAGGAUGCUGAUGCACGAGUGGUAAUCUGCUCCCCGGCGCUUCAAGACAAAUGCAGGAAAAUUGUGGACAGUACCGUGACCCUUACGUCGGAUAUCGUCCUCGCUGAUUACUGUUCUUGGAGCCCAUCCUCGGUGACACCGCAGGAUCCAAUGUAUGUUGCCUUUACAUCUGGGUCAACAGGUACCCCCAAAGGUGUUGUGAUAGAGCAUGGCAUGGUCUAUUCAGUAGUUCAUGGGCACAAAGACGUCAUUUCCGUGUCAAACACCUCCCGAGGCUUGCUGUUCGCAUCGCCCGCUUUUGACAUUUGUCUGGCUGAGGUGAUGUUCAUGCUCGCUGCAGGGGGCUGCGUCUGUAUUCCCUCCGAAGACCAGCGGAUGAACAAGCUGGCGGGCGCCAUGACAGAUAUGAGGGUUAAUAUUGCCAUGCUGACCCCUUCCGUGGCUCGGACUAUUUCUCCAGCGGAAGUUCCAUGCCUACAGACACUCGUUCUUGGAGGAGAAGCGCCUUCGGUGACUGACUUGGCUACGUGGGCGUCCCAGGUGCGGCUGCAUCAGUCCUACGGGCCUGCAGAAUGCACCAUGUACACAACUACCACGGGACCGUUGUCCCCGGCUUCUGACCCCAGUAAUGUUGGAUCUUGCCCUAACGCAUCGUGCUGGAUUGUGAAUCCCGACAACCACCAUCAGCUCCAGCCCGUGGGUUCAGUGGGAGAGCUUCUCAUCGGCGGACCCAUUGUCGGCAGAGGGUACAAGAAAAGAACUGCAGAAACCGAGGCAGCUUUUAUUCGCAAUCCAUCCUGGUGUGUGAAAUUCCCCUUUCUGCAGGGACAUCGGUUCUACAAGACAGGGGAUCUGGCCGUCUUUCGACCCGACGGGAGUCUGAGUUUGGUCGGUCGAAAAGACGCGCAGAUCGAGCUGCAUGGGCAACGUAUCGAGCUACACGAAAUUGAGCAUUGUGCCGAGCAAUACGAGCAACAAACCGCAGCUAUCGCUGGGCUUGUCACGCCCCGAGAGAUCGCAGAACCCAGAUUGGUCCUGUUCGUCUAUAACCCUAAGCAAGUGGACACCACAAGCGGUCACUUCCCCAACCAUGUACGUCAAGAGCUCUUUGUUCCGCCGUCAAGCGAGAUUCUGUCCCGAUUACAAGGCCUCAAAAUGCACCUGAGCCAGCACCUUCCGUCAUUCAUGGUACCCUCGCUGCUUAUCCCUCUGUCACGUCUCCCACUCAGUCCUAGUGGCAAAGCGGACCGCAAGAAAAUGCGAGAGGAAGCAGGGAAUCUGACGAGAGAGAUAGUGACGGAGUAUCUCGGCCAUGCAGCAUCGCACAAAAGGCAACCGAUCACCGAGCAGGAACGUUUUGUGCGAGCCAAUUUCGCCAAGGUCCUUUCAUUAGACGAGGAGUCCAUUGGAGUGGACGAUGACUUUUUUGCUCUGGAAGGUGAUUCUAUCUCCGCCAUACAACUGCUCACUCUGUGUCGAAAAGGGAAUUUGGCUCUCUCCAUGCUAGACUUUCUCUCUUACAACACGGUGUCUCUGUUCUGUGAACAUGCUUGCUCGACCUAUGGUGAAUCCGUGGCUCUUUUGAAGAAGCAAUCUCAUGAAGCCUCUGCUCCGCGAGAUACCACUUCCAAGGCAGAUGGUCCCCUGGUUGAAUUCCCGGAAGCGGAGAUGCAGUUGAUUCAGUCCCUAUUGAACGUGGCAAAUAUCAACGAUAUCGAGGAUGUGUACUCCUGCUCUGAUGCGCACGCCGGGGUGCUCGAACUCUACACACCCAACUACUCGAGCACUGCCAUCUUUGAAAUUCGCACACGCAAGGCAGUCACCCUAUCGCAGGUGGUUGCUGCAUGGAAUGGAUUGGUGCAGCACCAUGCCGCCUUACGGACAAUCGUCCUGCACGUUCCUAAUCUGCAUGUGGGAUAUCUCCAUGUCGUCCUUAGGCGGGUAUCGGCAGAUGUUGUGAUCCUUCCCCGAAGCCAGAAUGUGCGUCAAGAAGUUGAGAAGCUGGAGCCCGUGUGGUCCUGGGAGGCCACACCACCUCACCGCUUGGUUGUUGGCCAAGAGGACGAUGGAACGGUCCUAUUAAGGCUGGAUACGGGUCGUGCGCUCAUCGACGCCAUAUCCAUGGCGAUUCUGCUAGAAGGUUUCUGUCUCGCGCUCCGCGGUAGUUUCUCUGCUAGCAAAGAGACCCCGUACCGCCAAUAUCUGACUUACCUACGUGGCCAGUCGCGCGAAGAGGCGCUGCAGUUCUGGAAACAAACGCUGUCCGAAACUCGGCCAUGUAACCUUCCCAGAGUCCCAUCUGAAUUGCAUCCGCCAUGCAGAUCCCGUCCAUGCAAGGCUCGGCCCCUGCGUCGCAGUUUGCGAGUCGAGCAGUUCAAUCGGCUCACCUCCUUCUGGCGAUCCAACCAUGUCACUCUCACCAACAUAUUCCAGCUGGCAUGGGCUUUGACCCUUCAGCAUUACACAAAGUCCCGCGACGUUUGCUUUGGAACGGUUAUCUCAGGUCGGGACAUUCCCUUACCUGCCAUCUGGCAGAUGGUCGGCACCUUUUUUAAUGUCGUUCCCUGCCGGUUUAUCCUUGAGCCCGCGAGCACAGUGCUUGAUACUCUGAGACAAAACCAGGAGGAGAUGCAACGUCGGAAUGAGCACCAGCACUGCUCAAUGCCAGCAGCUGUCCGCCAGGCUGGGAUAGUAGGGGUUGCCGGGCUGCAGCAGCUGUUUAACACAGUCUUGGCCGUGCAAAAUGUAUUUGGGGUAGGAUCUUCGAGAGACAAAGGUAACGGCGACGAGAUUGUCAUGAAACUCGUCGAGUUGGAGGAUGCGACGGAGUAUGACUUUUGUGUGGCUGUCCUCCUCUCACCGUCCCAGAUUGACGUCGAGCUCCGCUACUGGGCAUCAAGCGCGUCCGAAGAUUAUGCUUCUCGCAUUCUGAAAUGCUUCCUGCAUCAUCUUGAGGAGAUCCUCCACCACGUCUCGGAGCCACUAAGUGCUAUCGCCGGUUUCGAAUAA